AUGUCCGCGCCAAACCCAACCCGCCUCGAAACAAUCCUCUCCACCCUCUUAAACGGCCGCGCAAUAACCUACUCCUCCGGCCUAUCCGCCCUCCACGCAUCCCUAACCCUCCUAAACCCACGCUCCAUCUCAGUCGGCGAAGGCUACCACGGCUGCCACGGGGUAAUAUCCCUCUUCACCCGAACAACAGGCCUCAAAAAAUUACCGCUGGACUGUGCCCCCGAAGAUCUGGAAAGGGGGGAUGUCAUUUUAUUAGAAACCCCUGUUAAUCCGAAAGGAACGGCGUUCGAUAUUCGGCAUUUUGCGAAGAAGGCGCACUCGCGUGGCGCGUUUCUCGUGGUGGAUAGCACUUUUGCUCCGCCGGGAUUGCAGGAGCCGUUUAAUUUUGGUGCGGAUUUGAUUAUGCAUUCUGGGACGAAGUAUUUCGGCGGUCAUAGUGAUUUGCUUUGUGGGGUUUUGGUGACAAAGUCCGACGGUGACGAGCAAGGGGAACGCUGGUAUAAACAACUUUUUGAAGACCGGGUCUUUUUAGGAAGUGUUAUGGGGAAUAUGGAAGCAUGGCUUGGAGUUCGGAGUCUUCGGACGUUGGAAGUUCGGGUUCAGCGGCAAUCAUCCAAUGCGCAGAAUUUGGUAACUUGGUUAGAUUCUGCAUUGCGGGCUCCGAACCCCGCUACCGGAUCGGUGGAGGAGAGUGUGCAGGCUGUUCUGGAAGAAGUCUUCCAUGGGAGUAUUCAGAAAGAUGGGGGGCAGUGGUUGGCUGAGCAAAUGCCUAAUGGAUUUGGGCCUGUUUUUGCGAUUACGAUGAGGAGUGAGAGGGCGGCGAGGUUUUUGCCGAGUAAAUUGCAUUUCUUUCAGCAUGCUACUAGUCUUGGUGGUGUUGAGACGUUGAUUGAGUGGAGGACUUUGACUGAUCGGAUGGUUGAUCGGAGGUUGUUGAGGGUUAGUGUUGGUUUGGAGAAUUGGGAGGAUUUGAGAAGGGAUUUGGAGGGGGCUUUUUGUGAGUUGGCCAAGGAGAUGAAGGAGUAG